UUUACGUUGGCCGUUCAUGUUAGACCUGUUUACAAGAUAUGAUCUGCAAAGCUAACGUUAAUUUGUGCUUUUAUAACAACUUGUAUAGACAUUACAGGUAGGUUUAACAACUGCUUCUGUACAUAGGAGCUUUCGUGGUCAUGUUGUAUGGACACAAAGCUAAGGUACAGUAUCAUCAACAUUCCUAAACGGGUUUUGCAACUUUGGCGCCUUUGCGACUCUCAACCUGUCAUGUAAGAGACUGCCUCCAUUCAUGUCAAUAUCUACACGUGACCAUCUGCAGAGAGACAGUGCUUAUCCGUGCUGGCAUUAUCACAGAAAUAUUGCACGAAGGAAUUCUCCUAUUUUCUUUGAUCAUAAUAGUCUAAUCUCUACUGUCAAUAAAACACCACGAGAUUCGGUGUCAAGUGGUAACGGAAAUAACAGAAAGAAGAUGACCCCUUAACACAGAAAACCCCUUCAAUUCCUCAGAUAACAGUGGUGACUAUAGCAGAAAGUGGGGCCUGGUCAAAUACACACAGAAGAAGAAAAUGGCCCCUCAGAUCCAGGCAGUGGUACGUGCUACCCAAACCUGGCUGCAGUCCUCCUGGCAUGUCCAAGUGCCCUUUGCUUGGCUGGAAGCCUGUGUGGAGUGGCUACAGGAAGAGGCAGGAGGACCAGGUCAUCUGUCACAGCAGCAAAUCAACCAACAGGCACUGGAUCAGUGGCUGUUGACAGACUUGAGGGACCUGGACUACCCUGUUCUGCCUGAAGGGCUUGCUCAGGCCCAGAAGACUAAUCUCAGUGGCACCUUCUGUGUCCAGGUUGACUCAAUACUGGACGUCAGUCGGCCUGCCUAUGGUCAGCUGCAGAAGUGGAGGGGCACAGACUGUGCCAACGAUGAGGUGUCUGCUGUCACACAGACCACCCAGAGGCCCUGGGAGACCAGACCAACCCGUAUGCUACUAAUGCAGGUGACAGAUGGAGUUCAGAGUUUGGAGGCCAUGGAGUACCGGCCUAUCCCUGCACUUAGUACAGCACUCAGGCCUGGUGUAAAGUUGCAGUUACAAGGGCAGAUGGAUUGCAGACUCGGGGUGCUGCUGUUGGGGCCGACCAACAUCAAGGUUCUGGGCGGCGAGGUGGAAGACCUGGUGGAGAGGAAUGACCAGGGUAGGGUGCUGUGUCGGACACUGGGGCUUCCUGAGGACGAGGAGCAGCAGGAAAGAGAGGAGGCCCCACCAGCACUGCAACAAGGUAACCAGGAAGUGCAGGACUUAGAGCUAGAUGAUGCAGAGUUGUUAGCUAGUCUGGAGGACCAGGAAGUGGGAAGGGUUCAGGUUGCAUCUGUUCAAGACAGUGGCUACAGGACACUCAGUGACACCUCCGCUCAGUCCUCGAGAAGCUCCUCUGUCAGAAGGCUCGGCUUGGCUCCCUCAGCAAGAAGCAAAGCCUCCACCCACUCUUAUAGAAGUGGUUUGACCCAGAGCAGCAGAGGUGGUUCAUCUCACGGUCAGUACCAUGCAAAUGAACAAGACACUGAGCUCUCUGACCACAUGAUUCAACAAGAGAUUCAACAUCACAGCGUGGCAAACGAAGGCUUUGAUGAUCUUCCCCUGGAUGAGUUGGACGGAGUGAUUUUUCAGGAAAGCACAAACGUUACUAUGCAGUCUGACAGCAGUCACAGAAGCACACCACAGAAUAGCAACAGAAUAACAGGAAAUCACAGCAGUUUUGACAGAGCAACAAAAACUGCUCAGUUUGAGCAGCACUAUUUAAAUGGGUCACAGCUUGGUUGUAGCAACUCCAGAUCCACCACACAGAAAAGAGGCUCUCAAGGCUGUAUUAGAGGAGCUGUGGGGCAGUCAGCCACAGUGACUUCCACACCUUUCUUUUCCCCAGCUGCUACAGUGCCAUCACAUGAGUUAGAAGUUGUUUCUAACAAUGAGAGUGAUUUUCCGGAUGAGGACAUGGAUUGUUUUUUUGAAGAGGUACAAACAUGUGGAGAGCAAACUGGGAGAACUGGAGGGCCAACAACAGAAAUAUCAGACUCCACUUAUAGACUCGCCAGUGAACCAUCAAGAAGUGAAACAGACAGGAUUCCUGUUAAGGCAGAGCCUGCAUUUGAGAGUUCACGCAACACACCUCAGGGGCAAAGUUUCUCCUCAACCACUAGGGAAUCUGACAGGCCAUCUGUUAACAAAGUUCUACAGGGUGACGGCACAGUCCCUGCUGUCACUCUGACCUCACCGCCCUUUACAUACUUGUGCUUGCUAGAAGAGCUGAUGUCCAAACCACACCCCCACACCACAGAGAUCCAUGUCAAAGCGUUCAUUGUGACUCUCCUGGGGAAACUGAGCAGCAGCAACGGUGUUUGGCGUGUCUGUGCUACGAUAUCUGAUGGAACUGGUUAUCUUGAUGUGGAGUUAUCCAAUGAGGUUUUGACGGGCCUGCUGGGCUUCUCUGUGGCAGAGAAGGGAGCUCUGAAACGUGACCCAGUUCGAAGAGGUGAGCUGGAUGCUGGGAUGAGGAGAUGUCAAGAAGAGCUGGUGGACAUGUGCUGUGUUAUGACCAUCGUGGUCGAACCAGAGGGCAGGAAAGCUGUGGUGACUAAAGCAGAUCCUGUCAGUGAGAAAGUCCUCCAGGAGCUGGAGCAGAGGGCGAGAGACAGGAGAAAAUAAACACAGAGGAGAGGAUGAAUGGAACUAGGCAAUAAUGAGAAAAUUACAGGCAGCAGAGAAUUAUAUUGCCUUUAAGCAGAGAUGACAAAACUGGGGAAAAUAGAAAACUACACACCAGCUUUGCCUUAAAAUUUUCCCUUCGUUUAAUGACACAUACAUUUAUUUUAGGAUUAGUGACCAACUUGCCCUUCUGCUUUGGAUUUGGAAAGCAAAAUGUGUCAACUGUAUGUUUGAUGAUUAGUAAGCAGUGUGCUGCAAUGCGCCCCAUCUGCUAUAUGUAACUGACAUUCUGUCAUCAGAGGAUUUCAUUCAUCUAUUAUAAGAGCUCGUUUCUGUUUGUAACCCACUGUCAACAAAUUAAAUAAGUCAAAUCUAUUACUGAUUCUGUAUUGGAUUUCUAUCAAUUGUUUAUGUAAAAAAUCUAGCAUUAAACAUCCAAUUGGGGGCUGGGGGAGCGGCCACAAGCUUCAUUUAUUUCUGUUCAUUGUAGAGCCUCAUCUAUGUUUUUGUCUGAUUAGUACAUGUACCACAUAUGUGAUGCUUUACCUGUGUUAAUG